AUGAUUGAAGGGACAGAGCUGUUCAGUCAAGUACAAGACGCGAAAGGAAAUUACGAUUCGAAAUUACACAUCGCGGAGAUGAUAGCACUGCUCGGCUCACAGCUCAAGAAGUUCCUUGUGAUGUCAGAUUCCAUGGCGGAAUUUGAGUGGUCUCCACCCAUUAAAGAUAAGAGAGUAAAGCACAAGAGCAACAGGGAGUAUUUCGGUGGACCGUUUUUCGAUGAUCAAGUAAAUUCCUCUGAAAUGACCUGA